AUGUCAGAUGAUGCAGAUUAUUUAAAGGCAUUAGAGGUACAAAGACGCAACUUUGAACUCCAAUUUGGCUCAGUGGAGGAAAUGGGAUAUGAUGAUAAGUUGACAAGAACUAAACGGAACGGCAGAAAAAAGUCGCAGGGCUCAGAAGAAGAAUAUGAUUUAAGUGGUGAUGACGAUGAAGAGGAAAACGAAGAAAACGAAGAAAACGAAGAAAACGAAGAAAACGAAGAAAACGAAGAAGAAGAAGAGUAUAGCCAUAGUUCAGAUGACUCAAGUUUGGAAUCAGAUUUCUCCAAUAGCGAUAGCGAAAUUGAAAUGGUGCUGCAUCAAGCUUCUUCAAACUUAGCAUCAAGGGGAAAUAAAACGGAUAAUGAUAUUUUCACUCCUGCGCCCCCAGCGCCCAAAGUCGUUAAGCUAAACUCCAGCACACCUCCACCAUCUUUUUCUCAAACUAAUAAGAUUGAGCGUAAGUUAUUAAAAUCCGGCCGAGCGGCAACACUCCGUGAAAUUGAACUGAAAGAGCGUCAAGCUCUUGAGGCUCAAAAACGCCAGAAUCGUGGUACAAGUACCAAAGAAGACUCGGAAAACUUGGAGAAUGACUUAAAACUACAAAGGUUGCUUCAGGAGUCCCACAUCCUUGCGUCUGGAGACGCGGCCCAGAAAUAUAGUGGUGCAGAAUUGACACUUCAAACAAUAGAUUAUGAAGACCCUACGGGACUGUCUCGGAAAAGAUUAUUGGCCUCUCGGAUUAACGAAUUAACACAAACGAACCGUACCAAGCAGAGAAAGCUCGAGUCUAUGCCUAUGAAUAUGAGAAAGAAUAUGAUUGCUAAACGCGACUUGAAAGUGAAACAAUAUGAAAAGGAGGCUAAAGAUGCCGGUAUUGUGUUGUCAAAAUUAAAGAAGGGACAAGUUAGAGAUUUGAAAGCUGGCCGUGGUGUUACUUCACAAGCCGACAGAUUGGGAACCGGGUUGAAGAAGAACAAGAAUAACAACACAAAGAGAGAAAGAGGUUUGAAAAUACAUGGCGUAGGUAAAGCAACUCGAAAUGGAUUGAUCAUAUCACAGGGUGACAUUGAACGAAUAAAUAAUAAAGGAAAGAAACAGUUUAGAAAACUGAGGUAA